GCCUUGUUUUUUUAUAUUAAAAUAUAUUCACAAUAAAUUAUUUACAAUAAACCAUUCAAUAACUCUCAAUUCUUUGCAGACGUUACCAUUACAUUUACAGUAGAACAAUUUCAGCCACUCACGUGGCACUCUGAUGAUCUAUAUUGUACAUUGUUGAAGGGUAUACUCCCAGCCACCCAACCCCUUCUCACUCCCACGGGAGUGGAACCCUAAACCGUGGUCCUUCCCUAUCGGGCCCUUGCGGUGGUUGUACCAAGUUUCAGUGCGUCCCUCAGCCGGCAGCAUUCUGCCACGGACAUAUCUCGAUGCGCUGGCAGACCAAAGAGCGUCUUUCACGGUGUUGAUGAUCUGCCAGCAACAGAUGUUUGUCUCCGUGUGCGUCCCCGGGAACAGCCCGCAGAGCAGAGAGUCCUCUAGUACGCAGAUGCUGUGACACCAGCCCGUUCAGCCUCCUUCACACCUUCUCCGCGAACCCAGUGUGCAAAGAGGUGGGUUACUGAUUCCGCCCCUCUACAGCCUUCCCGUGGGUAGCGGGGUGUGGAGACGAUGUUCCGAGCGUACGGUAAAGAUCUGACUGGGAAGGCCCCUCUCACCGCCAGCCAGCUGGUGAGGCCUGGUGAUGAAGCCUCGGUUUAGUACGGUUCACUGAAAGGAAGUGUGUAGCUUGUCAAACGUCGGGCUUAUUAGUGGUUACGUCCAAGGCUCCUGGCCACAUUUUAUCGCCACUUCCUUCACUCUUUCAUUCAGAUUUAACUCUCGACAGUUGGCCUUCAGCUUUGAACGAGGCAGACUGUUUACUCUUUUCUAUAGAUUCUGCUUGGCCAGCAUUUUGUGAGUCUUCGUUUUGAUGAGGCUUCCACAGCGGCUAGGCCAAUUGUCAUGGAAACAGGUUGCAACUGGCUGGCUGCCGUGCGCAUGCGCGGGAAUAGGGCGUGACGUGCAUUGUUUCCGGUCGACCGCAGCCGGUCUGCAGGAUGUGGCGGGCUGCUGUCGGGGUCGUGGUCUUCGCCGUGUGGCUGCACCUCCUCUGCUCAUUCCUUCAGCUAGAGGUUCCGGAGACCGUGGCACGAUUUCUGUCCGAGAAUGUGCUUGGUAUGGUGGCGGAACAGACGCCGGAGGAGCUUCUGGCCGAGGCCUGGAACGUGAUGAUCGUUCCACCGACUGUGGGCUGGACCAAGGUGGCCGUGGGCACUUUGUGGGCGGAAAUGCUGCUCUCAUUGGUCAGAAGCUAGGGUCGAAUGGGAACCUGUCGGUGCUUCUAUGUGGGCCUGUGGGUCCCAAGCUUCAGGAACUCUUGGAUGAUCGGAUUAUUGUUCCCCCAGAAUCUUUGCAGGAAAUGGAUGAGUUUCAUCUCAUUCUAGAAUAUCAGACUGGGCAAAACUGGGGGGAGAUUGAGGCACCUCAUGCCAAUCGCUUCAUCUUCUCCCACGAUGUGUCGAAUGGAGAAAUGAAAAUGUUGGAGACCCUUAUAUCAAGUCUGGAGGAAUUUAAACCUGAGCUUGUUGUUCUUUCGGGUUUACACAUGAUGGAGGGACGGGGAAAGAAAGCACGAGAUAAGAGACUAGAGGAGGUGAGCCUGUUAAUCUCUCAGAUCCCCAGUGAAAUCACGGUGCACCUGGAGCUUGCCAGCAUGACAGACACCGCGUACAUGAAUACAAUUGUGGAACAGCAGGUUCUCACUCUUGUGAACUCGAUUGGCCUAAAUGAGCAGGAGCUCUUGUUCAUCAGUCGCGCUGGUUCAGGGCCUCACAGCUCACAACAGUAUUGGAGUGGAACUCCCGAUGUUGCAAUGGUCAGCGAUAUCAUCUUCUGGCUCCUGAAGGAGUAUGGGCGCACUGACUCAACCAGAGAUUCAGAUUUAACUCGCAUUCAUUUUCACACACUCUCUUACCACAUGAUAGCAAUUAUUGAUGGUUACUGGAACAAUCAAGUCGCAUCUGUUGCAGCUGGUGCGCGAAUUGCUGGGAGUCAAGCAUGUGGUACCGGCGCCAUUGACCCCACAAAAGUUGUUCUCAAAUUCCCCAUGCAGUUUGUUCUGUCAAACAUCGACAAAUCAUUGAAGACCAAGAAAAUGACACUGAGUCCAACUGACCCAGUAGGCAUGUGGCACAGAGAAAACAUUACAUUCUUCAUUACCCCUGUGCUGGUUUGUAUUGACCCAAUCAGGACUGUAGGAUUGGGAGACAGCAUCUCUGCGGAAGGCUUGUUGUAUUCUGAACGGCAGUGACGUGACUCAGUGUUCAACAAGACAAUGUCAAACCUGACAAUGUAAUAACGGCAAAUUUUAUAUGUAGUGUAGGAGUGGCUCUUUGAGUGUGGGGUGUGUGUCAUGGCUUAGAGCAGGGAGAAGGGACAGCAGGUAUGGGUGUGAGGUGCUUUUUAAUCCUGGAUAUAGUGUAAGAAAGCCAACAAGUAAGUGAAUGCAGUUUUCAUUUGUAGAUUUGCUGUAUUCUAUAGACCUCUCAAAUCUUUUCAUUUUCUUUUAUAUAGAUAUAUCUUUUCAAACUUUUCUGCAUUUCCUAUUUUUGAUGAGAUCUUUGGAAAUGUAGUUAAGUUGUUUGCAAUACAAUGAGUUUUUGGUGUAGUUAUAUUUCUGAGAUGCAAUGUAUUAGAUGGGUCUUCCACAUGGAUUUUAAUCCAUGGAUAAUCUUGUACUGGUAGACUUCCACAUGCAGAAUGAAAGUGGUUUCAGUGCCAUUUCUAGUCUGGCUGAGUUAAUGCUUAGACCAUAAGACAUAGGAGCAGAAUUAGGCUAUUCAGCCCAUUGUAUCUAUCAUGGCUUGCCUUAAUUCAGCUCUAAUUGCAAACUGCAUGAUGUGGGGACUGACAAACAGGAUGCUUUUCUGAGUUGCAGGCAUUGCUUCCCAAAGCCAGGUGAACAACAAUUAUCAGUCUUACUACUUGGCUUUAAAGAAGGCUUUGCUUCAUUUCCACUGUAAGACAUUACUUUCCUCCCUUCUUUCAGGAGAUACUGAAAUUUGAAAGGCCAGAUUUACCUGGUGGUGAACACCUUAUUGCUCCCUGCUGUCAGCUGUGACCUUUCUCUUACUAACCCUAAUGCUGAACGAUUGUAGUUUAAUGCCUUUGUUCAGUCAGGAAAGGUUUAUAACUUCCAGUCAGAAUGGAUUUCUGCAUUUGAAAACUGCUGCAUCACACCACCAAUUCAGAGUGAAAGCCAGGCUUUGAAACAGCAUUUUCCUAGAAAUCUAUACUUUAAGAGGAGUGGAUGAAAAAAGUGCUGGUUGGGGAUGUGGGAGGUGUGAAAUAAGGCAUAGGUGCUACUUUUCAGCCUUUUUUAUCAAGAGAGGAGUAAUGAACUGUUAGUGAUCAUGAUUCUGAUUUAGCCUGUCUGGCAUCUCCAUUUAAGGAAACGAACUGUAGCUGUGGCAAGUUAAACAACCCUGUGGUGGUUAAAGGCCUUGUCUUUCUGAGAUGCUGCCAGGAAUGGGGGCAUUAAUUCGGUCAAUGACUGGGAGGGUUGGAGAGGACCCUAACAGAGUUUUCAUUCCUGCAUACAUCUGGAGGGUGGGUGGAGGGGCUUCUGCAAAAUGUAAGUACCUGGAAGGCUGGACCAGAGUUGCGAAGCUCCUCAAUUGAAUAGCUUGUACCGACUGUUGAAGUUAUCACAUAGAGAAUGGGAAAGUGCAGAAGUGAGGUGGUGGGAGGCACAGAUGGGUAUACUUGUACUGUUCAUUCUACAUCUUGACACCCAAAGUAGAGGAAGUACAUUUUAAAAAAACAUUUAAAGCUGAGUCUGAAAGUUGUGUGUUUCCCCCACUACUCUCACCAGGUUACGAGCUGCCUGACUGAGGGCAAAGUCUGAGUCAGACAGCUGACUGAGAUCACUUCCAUCUUUGCUCUGAUUAGCUUUCUCUUAGAUGUCAUUGAACCAAAGGCUGUGACAUACUGUGGCAUAAAUUCAGCUACAAAUUUAGCAGACAAUCAGCUACGUUUACACUGGAGGGUGAACUUGGCUAUUUAAUGCUUUUUGUAUAGAGGAACAUUUGGGUUUUUUCCCCAUUCCAACAACACCAUGGUUGUGCUUGUGCUAUUAGAUAUUCCACAUGAAAGGAGUUUUUUUUUGCAGAAGCGACUGUUGGUAGAUGUGAUGUCAACAUUGCUUUUUAGGUCUGUGACUUUUUAACAGGUCAUUAAUACUAGUGAAGAUUGUUCCUGAAAGUAUAUUUCAUAGAACCAGUGUAGGAUGAAAGAUUUCAAAAUGUAUCCUCUGCUUAAAUUAUAAAUGCAACAAGCUUGAACAUUUAUCAAUUGUUUUCAAAUAUCCUCUGCCUUGGAGGCCUCUGCUCAGUAGGAGGCAGUGUAGUGCCACACAAUGCAGAGUAUUCACACAAAAGCCAAUGUGAAAAUGGGGUUUGUGUAAUUGAUUGUUUUUCUGUUACAGCAAAGUGUCCACUGGUUGUAUGUACAGUAUAUGGAAUGUUAUCUGUAAUACAAAAUUAUGUGGAAUUUUUUUAUGGUCAAAACAGCAGAGUUGGCAUGUUACUUUGCAAAGACAAGACAAACUGAUCCUAAGCAUUUUGAUUUACACAUCUAGGGUUGUCUUUGACUGUGAGUUUGCUGCCAAAGACAACUCUGCACGAUCAACAGCAAGAUAUUAACAGGAAUUCAGCAUUUGCAUUGCACUGGGACUGUGAUCUGUCUCCAUGUUCCCUCUAGUGACUUUGUGUCCUACCACAAUGUACCCAGUGAAAACAGGAGAUAAGAAAUGGAUCAUUGAAAAGCUGGGAUUCUGCUAUGUGUCAAUUUGCGUUGCAAUUUGAUUUCGAGGAUCAAUAUUUUUCUUGGCAAUGGGAACAAUGGUAUGACAUGUAUAUUUUAAAUUGUGGAAAAUUUUUUGCGAGGCAGUGUUUGACAUGGUUUAAAUUGACUGUAGCUUUAUUAACACUGGUUGCUCUGCUUUUUCUGUGAAGUCUAGAGAUACCUCAUGGCAGAUUGUUGGAAGAAUAUAUGCCUUGUUUUCUCUUAUGUAAGUUGCUGAUGUCCAACAAAUUUGAGAGUUGUUAAAUUUCGGUGGUUUAAGUACUGUGUCAAUCCAGUGACCAUUUACUUUUGUAAAAGCAAGGUAUUAUAAUAAAUGCUGUCUUUUUUAAAAAAGGGUUCUUUCA